GUCUUGCAAGAGGGUGGCAAACUCCUGUAUGAGAGUUACAUCGCCCGGAAAUCCUUCGCGUUCGCGGCUGUAGCUGCCUGCGAGGUUCUCGUUGGUGAGAUGAAGAUGCAAUUCGUCAGCUAUGAUAGGGGCGAGGGCCAGCAGCUGGUGAGACACCUGGUCUCAUGCCGACCAGCCACUGGCAGCAAAGCUGAUAUUCGCCGACAUGCAGAGGACGAUGUCUGGAGUGCUCGAGGCGCUGUCGAAGCAGUGCCCCGUCCAGGGUCCGCACCAGCAAGCACCAACGGGAGGCUUGAUUCGGCUGCGACGGUCACGCAGAUGGCCAUCAAUAAUCCAGCAUCUCUCGCAGACAAGACCAGAGAUCGUCCUGGAAUCAGCGAAGAGGCUCCACGAGACGGGUGGUGCAUCGAGUCCGAGCCUUCCAGGUGUCGGAUUGACACUUGGGCCAGGGCUUGUGUGCCAGUGCGUAAAGCCAGCCGACAAAAGAUGGUCGGCCACAACGAUUCAUCCCGCAAGGGGCAUGCAUCGAAUGGAUCUGUUUCAGUUCCCAGUAGUCGAUCACCAUCCCGCUUCGGUGCCCACCCGGUGGUGGAGGGAGCCGAGGGGCUGAAAGCAGCAAGGAACCAGAUGAUUCCACUCAUCGACGAGCGCGAG